AUGAAUGCGACAAAGCGUAAAUUUAAGGAUUUACUUCAAGGUUUAAGCAGCACUGGCCCAACCACUCCCGACAGAGACGCCGAUAACAUGAGCAGUAGCCCCCGACAUGGCGCUGGUACGACAAGCAAUGACACGAUUCUUCAGAAACGAAGGCGAUUUGGGUUUCCCGAAUCGAUGACUCCAACGCUCUAUGCCCCAUCGCACGCCACCACGCUUUCCAACGUCGUACUCAGGAGGUCUGGUACCCAGCUGAAUGGCAAGACAACGAGCCAUGCCCCAGCCAAAUACUGUCCCGGGGACAGAGACGAGCUGCUUAAACGCCUGGCGACAUUCCAGGAAAUCACGGAUUGGGCACCGAAGCCCGACAGGGUCAGCGAAAUAGAAUGGGCCAAGCGAGGAUGGAUAUGUCAGGGCAAGGAGAAGGUUCGCUGUGUAUUGUGCCACAAGGAGCUUAUUGUGAGGCUUAAUCGGAAGGAAUCGGACGGAAAAGAGGUGCCAGUAUUGGUAUCAUCUGAUAUUGCGGAGGCAUUGGUGGACAAAUACUCUGAGCUCAUUGUGUCAUCGCAUCAGCAAGACUGCUUAUGGCGGAACCGUGGUUGUGACGACACUCUAAUUCGGCUCUCAUUCUCAAACACAUCGACGACAUUGGCAAGGUUGCGGGAACGAUAUGAUGAGCUGUGUACCAGAUCUUCUUUUCUUCCUUACGAGUUCAACCUACGCCUUCCGGAUGGAAUGGAUAUCGACAGUGUCCUCUCUCAACUCCCGCCCGACUUCUUUACCGAGACGCCGCCGGUCGUUGACAAGUCCGGAGCAGCGUCCUUGGACAAACCGCCGAACAAGGCUGCGCUGGCGCUGGCAUUGCUGGGCUGGCAGGGUCUUACAAACUCACGGAUAGGGCCGGUACCCAACUCAGCGUCCUGCCACACCUGCUUACGGAGGCUAGGGCUCUGGAUGUUCAAGAGCAAAGAAGUCGAUGAUGAGGGCCAAGUUGUAGUGCCGGCCCCCAUGGACCAUUUGGAUCCUCUCCGAGAACACCGUUUCUUUUGUCCUUGGAAGAAUCCCCAAGCUCAAAGUCGAGGCGGUACUCGACCUGGCGGGGAGGACAGCCCAGCCGGCUGGAGGGCCUUGCUUCAAACUAUAAAGAACGAAUCAGACUUGCGUCAUCUUUACACCAGGAAAGUAAAAAGAGGAGAAAAGACCCAGGAGCAGGGCUUAGGCUUAGCGUCGCCAAGUCCUGCGAGAGGAGCGUAUAACAUGCCUAGAUCGCCCAGCCCCGUCAUUGCGGACCCAACGAGAAGCGUUGACGCGCCAUCGAUAGCUGCACCACAGACAGCUGCAGGCGGUGACGACGAGAAGAGCCAGGAAGCAAAGGACAAGGAGAGAUGGGCAAGGUUGAGAAAUGUGAAGCGCCUAUUUGAUUCCAAGGGAUCGAGAAAGUUUCGGCGACAGUCAGGCCGUCCUGGCAGUGGCCACUCCAACAAGUCCACAACGGGGGCAUCAUAG